AGUGACAUGACCGCCACCUCAGGGGUGUCAGCAGUCCAAGGGGAUCUUAAGAUAAUGACAAGGGGCUCCAGCUCCCUCUGCUUCUUCGUGAGGACCUUUCGUGCAUCUCGCCCUGGGGGUUUUGUGAGAAAGCACAGACGACACUUCUGUAACUUGUCGCUGUAACUUGUAAAGAGUGUGGUGGCUUUUCAAAAUCUCAGGAAGCAUCCACAGAGGGACAAGGUCUUCACGUUCAGCGAGGGCAGCAGCUUUGGGGUGCUCGGGCAGGACAACUCUCCUAGAAGCUUUGCCUCCGGACUCCCUUCCCCGGAGCUGGGAGCUCCUCCCAGCCCUGUCCUCAAGGGUAGGGAUGACUGCAGCCCGGCGGCCCCCGGGGACUCAGCCACGUCGGGAACAAAGGCCCUCAGAGGGGUCGAGGAGAGUGAGGUUCCCAGGGGGGCGGGGAGGGGGGCUGCUGCCCUCCCUCCCGGCUCCUCCCUCCUCCUGCGUCCUCCGCCUCCUCCAUCCUCUCUGAGAGGCCGGGUGGGCGGCCGCGCCAACUUCACCGAGCGUCCCCAAGUUGCCGGGUGCGCGUGUGGAGUGAGGCGGGGAGCUUGGCGGAGAGGCGAGGGGUUCCCGAAGCCUUGGCUGUGUCUUAGGAGGCCGCCUCCAGCCGCUAGCGGGAUCGGAAUCGUGGGUAGGACGGAUCGUUCCCCUGCAGCUGGGACACCGCCCGCCUGGCGCCGCUUCCCGCCCAGUGAAGGGACCAGCCCGGCCGCGCCUCCCUCCCCGAACUCGCCGGGGACACAGAGUGGGCGCCGAGGGGAGCGCGGCCCCAGCAUCUUCUGAACCGAGAGCGCAGUUGGGGGCGGAUGCUGCCCGGGCUGGACGCCGGCCUCCGGAGAGUCGGAUCCGCCCGCCGGGAGGAGGAGGCUUGGUCGGGGACUUCUAGGAUUCCCUAGAAAUGGAGUUAUAGAUGACUGUGAAGUGCUGUUUGGGUGCUGGGAGCUGAACCUGAGUCCUCCGCAAAGGAUGAAGGUGUCUCCCACCUGAAGAGGACAGGUUGGGUCCCGAGCUCUGCUCCUGAGCUGAGUGCCUGCAGCCAGACUCAGGAGCUUCCAUGGCGCCCCCUGUCUCCAUGGAGAAAGGACUCGCUUUGCCUCAGGAUUGCCGGGACCUUGUGCACAACCUGAAGAUUCGAGGCAGAUAUGUCCUGUUCUUGGCAUUUGUGGUCAUAGUUUUUAUCUUCAUUGAAAAGGAAAAUAAAAUCAUAUCCAGGGUCUCCGACAAGCUGAAGCAGAUCCCUCAGUUUGUGGCAGAUGCCAACAGCACCGACCCAGCCCUGCUCUUAUCGGAAAAUGCAUCUCUCUUGUCCCUGAGCGAGCUGGAUUCCACCUUCUCCCAUCUGCGGAGCCGCCUGCACAACUUGAGCCUGCAGCUGGGCAUAGCGCCAGCAAUGGAGGCCCAGGGCCAGGAGGCUGUGGCAGAGAAGCCAUCCCAGCAGGCUGGAGCAGGGACCCGGCGCCACGUGCUCCUCAUGGCCACCACUCGCACCGGCUCCUCAUUCGUGGGCGAGUUCUUCAACCAGCAAGGCAAUAUCUUUUACCUCUUUGAGCCACUGUGGCACAUCGAGCGCACCGUGUUCUUCCAGCAGGGAGGUGCCAGCGCGGCGGGCUCAGCGUUGGUCUACCGCGAUGUCCUCAAGCAGCUAUUGCUGUGUGACCUGUAUGUGCUAGAGCCCUUCAUCAGCCCUCCGCCCGAGGACCACUUGACUCAGUUCCUGUUUCGCCGGGGAUCCAGCCGCUCGCUCUGCGAGGAUCCGGUGUGCACACCCUUCGUCAAGAAGGUCUUCGAGAAGUACCACUGCAGGAACCGUCAUUGCGGGCCACUCAACGUGACCUUGGCCGCCGAGGCCUGCCGCCGCAAGGACCACAUGGCCCUCAAGGUCGUGCGCAUCCGUCAGCUGGAGUUCCUGCAGCCUCUGGCUGAGGACCCAAGGCUGGACCUGCGAGUCAUCCAGCUGGUGCGCGACCCCCGGGCCGUGCUGGCUUCACGCAUGGUGGCCUUUGCGGGCAAGUAUGAGAGCUGGAAGAAGUGGCUGUCCGAGGGCCAGGACCAGCUGAGCGAGAAUGAGGUGCAGCGGUUGCGGGGCAACUGUGAGAACAUCCGCCUGUCUGCAGAGCUGGGCUUGCGGCAGCCAGCCUGGCUGCGCGGUCGGUACAUGCUGGUGCGCUACGAGGAUGUGGCACGCAGGCCACUACAGAAGGCCCGAGAGAUGUAUCGCUUCGCAGGCAUCCCCUUGACCCCGCAGGUGGAGGACUGGAUCCAGAAGAACACGCAGGCGGCGCGCGACAGCAGCGACGUCUACUCCACUCAGAAGAACUCCUCGGAGCAGUUUGAGAAGUGGCGCUUCAGCAUACCCUUCAAGCUGGCACAGGUGGUGCAGGCUGUCUGCGGCCCGGCCAUGCACCUCUUCGGCUACAAGUUGGCAAAGGAUGCCGCCUCACUCACCAACCGCUCCAUCAGCCUGCUGGAGGAGCGGGGCACCUUCUGGGUCACGUAGUGGGGGUUGUUCAGGACCCUUGGAACCCCUUCUUAUGAAAGGCUGGCCCUGCUUCCCUCACACCCAGCCUGGCAGUGAGACACAGCCCUGGCAGAGAGUCAAAUGGGGGAGCUGUGAUAGGAGAGGUGAUAGGAUACACCCCUGGCUAUAGCACUAGGCUCCCUGCCAGCUCAAUUCCCCAGCGCAGCUAGGGCCUUGGGGCUCCUCUAAGGACAGCAGGACCCUGUCUCCUUAGUGGUGCAGUGUCCCCAGCAGGCCCAGGUAGGUUCCUGUGGUGUGGACACGCCUCCCUGGCCCCUUACACAGUCACAUAAACAUACACGAAGCACAUAAAGGCCUGUGGGCUCUGUGGGCCAGAGUCCAAGUGUUUAACAGCCAGAAGGGGCUUAGGCCUUCUCCAGUCGCUCAGACCUCCUACUGUAUUAAGUGUUAACCUCUUCCGCUCUGAGUCAGAGAAGCCUGGCUGAGUCCUGGGAAGGAGGAGGAGUGCAGCCUAGGGUGAGGAAGGGGGCAUUUGAAGUUCCUCGGGGAACAAUGGCUGUUUACCAGCUGAUAGAAAAUGGUCCGGGUAGCUGUUCUAAAUUGUCAUGAAUAUCAUCAGCCUGUGUAGAACAAGACACACAAAGUGCAUGUAAAACCGACGAGGCUGGGGGAUGGCUCGGUGGUAAAGCCCUUGCCUCGCAUGCCUAGGGCUCUGGGUAUGAUUCCCAGCACUACAAAUAUAAGGGAAGGGAAGGCAUCCACAUAUGUGCAGCACCGAGAGAAACAGAAAAGCGUCAUAAAAACAUUCCCUCCUUCCCCCCACCCUCUCUCACACACACACACACACACACACACACACACACACACACACACACACACACUACACACUGGUACAGAAAAGCUUCUCUUCUCUAUUCUUUAUGCUCACCGUGAUUUUGUUGUUUUUUUGUUUGUUUGUUUGUUUUUCUGUAUCUAAACAAGGAGCCUUAAAUCACAUAUUUUAGGAUUAUGUGGAGAGGGCACAUAUUCAAGGACAAUGACACUUUGCCCUGACCAGAGCUGAAAAGGAAUAAUGGUCUCUGAGCCACCGCUGAGCAUCUUAGGUUGUCAUGGCUACCUCCUCGGACCCAUCCACAUGCUCCAGCUGGCAGGCAGAAUAUUUAGAGAUGGCAUGGGUAGCCUUCAUAUGACUAUGGUCCAAAGGCUUCUCCUACCCACUCCUGGGGAGCAUGGCUGGUUUUGAAGGCUUUCUGAGGCCUAACCAGCAGGCUUAGCUUCGGCUCCUGGAAGGGAAAGACAGCUCAUGGACUUUCUGUCUCUAGCCAGGCCUCCCCUGGGGCUAGCCAAGAACUUCAGAGUGCUCCACGGGGGAAAGUCACAUUAGGACAUAGCUUCCCUCAGCAGCCUGCCAUUUCUCUCCUAGUUGACAGAGGUCAGCCCUCAGGUUGCCAUGGCUACAGCUAGUGUCUAAGAAAAAGUCUGCUUUAGGGCUUUGGGAAGAGAUAGGCUGAACUCAGGACAGGCAGGUAUCUUAUUUGGGUUCUUAAGUUUAUUUAUAGCGUGGUGCUGUAUUUGACUUUAUUUCUGUAAAACUACUCAGAAGCUGUUGGUUGUGAGGAGCAGGGAAGGCUAAUGCCAGCAGGGAGCAGCUGGCUCCUGGUAAAAGGACAGACCAGAAAGGACUUCCCAUAGGAGGACUGGAGUCAUGCAGAGCCCCUAGGGUCCCGCAUGUUCCCACAUGAGACAUCGGAUGUGUAGCUUGGAAGUGGGCCCAGCACGGGUGCGGACGGCAGUGACCGAACUCCCCAUGUGCCGGGUUUGUUAACCACCUGCUCAGCUGCUGGGUCCCAAGCAUAGGUGCUCUUCCCUCACUCAAGCCAGCCUCCGCUCUUGAUUUGGACAAUGGAAGAACAAGUGUAUAGGGGACAAAGAGACACCGGUUCUUCAUACUUGACGAGGACAGGAUGUUGUGGGCAGGCUCAGGAGUGUUACCCUCUCUCCAAGAUCGUCAUCCAGGCCAUAGUCCCUUCUCUGCACUGCAAGUGGGGUGGGAGGGGCUGAGCUGGGCGUUCCCUUCCUUCUUCCCUAUGGGGUGUGGGCACAAGGCCUCCAUCUCUCCUCUCUCUAAGGACAGAUCCCCGCCACGGACCUUUGGAACUUCUCAGGACAUUGACAAUGUCGUGUGCACUGCAAGUUGACUUUAUUUAUUUUGUAGGACAAAGAGACAGUAUUCUUUGCAGGGACCUAAAACUGUACCCUAACUGAGAAGUACAAUUAGUAAUGUUAUUAUUAUUAAUAAUAGGGAUGAUUCACAGGCCACACACACACACAUACACACACACACACACACACACACACACACACACACACACACCUGGGAACACCCAAGGAGCAUGUAGGAGAUGAGAUAGAACCAGGUCAUGGAAGCCCAGGAUGCUGAAGAGGGUCUGUGGGUCUGUUAUUGAUCAGGAGAUACAAUAUGGGGGCUCAGGUGUCUGUAACAACAGAGCAGUUCAGGUGGGUGGAUGGGCAGGCAGAUGUAGCCUCGAAACACAUCCCCAGAGGCUUGGCCAUCCUCAAAGUCCGGAAAGGGACAGAGUAGGGCAAACUACUGGGCGUCUUGCCUGGUGAUGUGUUAGAAUUGUGUUUUAGUGUGAAUCUAGAUAGAGAAAGUGGCCAUGCUGGUGGCAUGGGACAACUGCUGAUCCAACUCCAAAGAUCAAAAGGCAUCCAGGUAACCUAUGACAGUGACACUCUUUCCUAUCAUUAAAAGUGUCUGCCUCAUGUUGGAAGAUGCCCCCACUGAAAACCAUGGGAUUUCUUGCCCUAAGUGGGGUAGGAAGGACUUAGGGGUACUAGAUGGCUUGAUCCCAUCCCCAAAUCCUUCAGCUGUCUUGUGUAUUAGUUGACCAUGGACUUGCCCCUUGAGACAUCCUGGACUUUGGAAGGACAGGAGCAUCCCCAAGGCAGUCCCUCACAGAGGCAGAGGGAUCAUACUAAGGGAGGGAAGGAAAGGAGUUGGGGCCAGACCCCCAAGAAGCCAAGUGGGUCCGCUUAACCUGUACACAGGAGAAGGAAGAAACAUCACUAAAAUCGGGCCUGGAGCUGGGGUGUUGUUCAUGAGAUCCUGUGGUGUGGCUGGGUGCGGAUGUUUUCUGAGCAUGCUCACACCCCUCCCAACUUCACAUCCUUAGAAAUAGUGGGGCCGGGGCCAUGAUGCCUUCCCUCAAAAGGAUGAGGCGAAGCCUGCAACUCCCAGUGUCUUAAGACCUUCAGGGUCCUUUGAGCUGUGUCCUUGUCUCUACAUGGGGACAGACUCCUUAGGUGUUCCUGCAGUCCCACCCUUACUUCUUGUGCCAAGGAUCAGCUUCUUACUGGGCAUAUAAGGCAGCUGUGUCACUGUUUCCACCUGAUUGAACUUUGCCUCCUGUCCAGUCUCCAUCUCUCCCGGAUAGUCUAGUCCCUGGGUCUAACCACCACCCUCCACUUCCUGAUGGCUCCCGCAAGUGCGGUCUUUGUGGCAGUACCAUGUCCUGCCUCAUGGCUAAAUGGUACAGGACAUUUUCCCAGUCUGAGUGGUCCUAACAUGUGCAUGUGUGCUCAUGAAUACAUACAUGCUGUGGGUGGGUAGAGGGGUGCAUUCUGUUCUGCCUUUGGUGCAGCCACACAGCCACAACCUCUUGCUGUCAUUGACCCUCUUGUUCUUGUGGCCACAGACAAUCUUCCGAUGCCCGGUGCUGCCGUUCUCCUCCGAGGGCUGACAACCUGGUGUUCAGAGUAGAGUUCAUGAACUAGGAUGUGAAGCCCUUCUCCUUACUGAACUUAUUUAAUUAAAAAUGAACAUGUAGGGGUUGGAAAGAUGGCUCAGUGGUUAAGAGCACUGGCUGCUUUUGCAGAGGACCUGCAUUCAAUUCCCAGCAAACACAUGGUGGCUCACAACUGUUUGUAAUGACUUCUGGGGGCCUCUUCUGGCACGCAGGUGUAUCUGCAGAUAGAGCACUCAUGCAUAAAAUAAAUAAAUCUUAAAAAUAAAUAAACAAACAAACGUGCUGUAAA